GUGCUUUGAAAACGCAUUUGAGAGUACACACUGGAGAAAAACCUUAUAAGUGUGAAAUUUGUUUUAAAAAGUUUAGCGAAGCAGGUACUUUGAAGGUACAUUUGAGAGUGCACACUGGAGAAAAGUCACACAAGUGUGAAGUUUGUUUUAAGAAGUUUAGCGUAGCAAGCAAUUUGAAAACGCAUUUGAGAGUGCAUACUGGAGAAAAGCCGUAUAAGUGUGAAUUUUGUUUGACGCAAUUUAGGGAAGCAGGCAGUUUAAAAAAUCAUUUGAGAGUGCAUACUGGCGAAAAGCCUUACAAGUGUGAAACUUGUUUUAAGCAUUUUAGUAAAGCAACUAGCUUAAAAAUCCAUUUGAGAGUGCACACUGAAGAAACGCCUUACAAGUGUGAAAUUUGUUUUAAACCGUUUAGAGUAACAGGCAAUUUGAAAACGCAUUUGAGAGUACAUACUGGAGAAAAGCCUUACCAAUGUGAAAUUUGUUUGAAACAAUUUACUGAAGCAGGAGGCUUGAAAAAGCAUUUGAGAGUACACACUGGAGAAAAGCCGUACAAGUGUGAAAUUUGUUUUAAAUAGUUUAGCGUAGCAUUCAGUUUAAAAAAGCAUUUGAGAGUGCAUACUGGAGAAAAGCCUUACAAGUGCGAACUUUGCUUCACGCAGUUUUCUCAAGCAGGUUCUUUGAAAUAUCAUAUGAGAUCACACACUGAAGAAAACCUGUACAAAUGUGAAAUUUGUUUUAAGCAGUUUAAUAAAGCAACUAGGUUGAAAACACAUUUGAGAGUGCACUCUACAGAAAAAUCGUAUGAGUGUGAGAUUUGUUCCAAGCAGUUUGGUAGUGCAGAUUUUUCCCAGAAGAACCGAGUGAAAAUUAUGAAAACGUUACCUGCAUUUUUAUGUACUAAAAAACAGCAAACUAUGAAGAAGCCUAAACAAAGUCUAAACUAUGAAAAAGCAGCAUUAUUAAAAUCUUCUGCUUGUUCUAAAGAUUUCUCUAGCAUAAAUAAUUUAAACAAAAAUACAAUCAUUCAGACUGAAAAAGGGCUUUACAAAUGUGAAAUUUGUUUUAAGCAGUUUAGAUCAGCAGGUGCUUUAAAAAAUCAUUUUAAAGUGCAUAGUGGAAAAAAGCCUUGCAAGUGUGAAAUUUGUUUUAAGCAGUUUAGACACCCAAGCAAUUUGAAAACACAUUUGAGAGUGCACACUGGAGAAAAGCCUUACAAGUGUGAAAUUUGUUUUAAGCAAUUUAGCGUAGCAGACACUUUGAAAACGCAUCUGAGAUUGCACACUGACGAAAUGCCGUACAAGUGUGAAUUUUGUUUUAAGCAGUUUAACGAAAGAAGUAAUUGGAAAAAGCAUUUGAGAGUGCAUACUGGAGAAAAGCCUUAUACGUGUGAAGUUUGUUUGAAGCAGUUUAGCUUUGUAGAUGGUUUGAAAGCGCAUUUAAGAGUCCAUACUGGAGAGAAGCCUUAUAAGUGUGCAAUUUGUUUUAAGCAGUUUAGAAAAUCGUGUCAUUUGAAAACGCAUUUGGGAGUACAUACUGGAGAAAAGCCUUACAAGUGCGAAGUUUGCUUUAAGCAGUUUAGUCAAGCAGGUCAUUUUAAGACGCAUUUGAGAGUGCACACUGGAGAAAAACCUUACAAGUGCGAAAUUUGUUUGACGCAAUUUAGUGAAGCAGGUAGUUUGAAAAAUCAUUUUAAAUUACACACUGGAGAAAAGCCUCACAAGUGUGAAAUUUGUUUUAAACAGUUUACAACAACAAGUUCUUUGAAAAUACAUUUGAGAGUGCACACUGGCGAAAAACCUUACAAGUGUGAAAUCUGUUUUAAGCCGUUUAGCCGAGCAGGAACUUUGAAAAAGCAUUUGAGAGUUCACACUGGAGAAAAACCUUACAAGUGUGAAAUUUGUUUUAAGCAGUUUAAACAAGCAUGUCAUUUAAAAAAGCAUUUGAGAACGCAUACUGUAAAAAAGCCUUAGAAGUGCGAAAUUCGUUUGACGAUCUGAAAUUCUUUCUGUUGCCAGAUUGCAAUUAUCAGUUUAUGCAUGUGUUUCAAGAGGAUGUCGCCACCGCAUCUAAACAUUCCGUAUAUGUAUUUGGCACCUAAGACUUUUCUAUUGGUUAUUUGCGGCACGCUGCCAUAUUUCAACCAAUAGGCGGCGAGGUGCCAAACACGUAUAUGGAAUGUUAUUUGGUGCCAAAUUCAUAUACGGAAUGUUAAAUAUUCGUAGACCAAAAAAGACGACUUUUUAUUAAAGUCAGUUAAAAGGCGACUGAUUUUAAAAUAUUUGUUAAUGUAUUAUUAAAGAAGCAAAACAAGAAGUAGCAAUAUUAGCUUUUGGCGAAAAAGUUCAACCAUUCUCAUUUUAUAGCGCGCUUGCAGGAUCCAGUAAAUGUAUUACAGAACAUUAUAUUAAUAACGGAAUUACUAACAUUGAUUAAAAUAAUGUUACAGAACAUAUUAUUUUAAACAAAAAUGAAAGAAUUUUCUUUUGGAUAUUUUAUUAAUACGUUACAAGAUAAAAAUGUAACAUUUGGAAUAUUUUAACACUAAAAAUAUUGCACGUAAGGGUAUUUCAAAUUAAAACAAAAAUGGCUUGGUUUAAAAAAAAAGCACUAAGUUUCUCGGCAAGACGAUUUGGACACAAGGCCAAUAUAAGAGUUCAACCAACAUAAAUCAGCCGAAAAAAGAUAGGAGUUACUAGAGGGUCAAAAGAUUACCAUUUGGGAGACCACCUAAAGAUGAACUUUGAACCUUCUAAAAAAAGGUGAAAAAGGCGUCACUAUCUUUCUUCCAACAUAGAAAAUCGAACAAAUGCAACUAAACAUAGCGAAGGACAAGAAUUUCUCAUAAAUAUUGCAUUUAAAACAUUUAAUUUUUUUAUUAUUAAAUAAUAUGUAAAUAUAUUUUGUUUUAUUUCCUAUUGCAUUGUUUUAUUUUUCUUUUAAUUCUGUAAUAAUACUUCAAUAUAUAUUUUAAAAUCAGUCUCCUUUUAACUGACUUUAAUAAAAAGUCAUAUUUUUUGGUCUACGAAUAUUUAACAUCCCUUAUAUGAAUUUGGCACCAAAUAACAUUCCGUAUAUGAAUUUGGCACCAAAUAACAUUCCAUAUAUGUGUUUGGCACUUCGCCGCCUAUUGGUUAAAAUAUGACCGCGUGCCGCAAAGAACCAAUACAAAAGUCCUAGGUGCCAAAUACAUAAACACGGAAUGUUUAAAUGCGUCGCCGCCGUUUUUGAAAUGUUCGGCAGGGAGAUUAUCCGAACCGGGGGCUUUAUUAUUUUUCAGUGUUAAGAUGGCUUCUCUAAUUUCUUCUUUGGUGGGGAGUAGCUGCCGAUCAUCUUCAUUCAUUUGAAACAUGGGAUCCCCCAUCUCACAAUAUUCGUGAUUGCCACUUAGCAGUUCUUCAAAAUGUUUCGCUCAUCUGUUUAGUAUAUCAGGGCCUCGAUUUUUGACCCUUCGCUUCGUUAUCGAACGUAUUCGCUUCGUAUACUAAACAUACGAAACGAAUACGUUCGAUAACGCAGCGAAGGGUAAAAAUCGAGGCCCUGUUCCUUCUUACUAAUUAUAGAGCCGUCCCUAUGUUUACAGGCUAUUAUUCUGUUUGAAUUCGUUCCUGCAGCUGUUCAUCUGUUGGUAGAAUUUUCCUGAGCCUUUUCCAUUGUGGUAGUUAACAAUUUUAUGUAGAGCGUGUUUCGUAUUGUUCUUUCUUUUUUCUUCUAAACAUUCUCUUUUCUUCUCUUCUAAUAUUUUCAUAAUCUUCCAGAGUUAAUCUCGUUUUGCGCUGCUGGAGUCUCUUAUAUGCUUCAUUAACUACUUAAUCUUUCAUUUUUUUUUGUUGGUUAAUAUAUCGACACUCUUCGUCGAAAAAAGAAGAGAUAAUCGUCAGGGGGAUAAUUACAAGGACAAAAGAAAAGAUUGAAGCAAUAAAAGUCGUAUUAGAGAAAAGAAGGAGAAGCAUAAAGGCGAUACAAUGGCAGAAAAAUUUUAUCUCACAACCGCAGGGAAUCUGAUCCCACAUAUUGGAAACACAGAAGAGUCGAUCAAGGCAAUCUCGGAUGCAAUCGAAUUAUACAACGAUUUUUUGGACGAACUAGGAAAGAAGUAAUUGAUUACAUACGUACUGAAGGCCAAACUGACACAAUCAGCGAAACUACGACUGAAAGGUCCAUAUGGCACGAUUGGCGAACUAAUAGCGGAUAUUAUGAAAAAGAUGACGGUGAAACAAUCAGUACCUGUUUUAUCGGCCGAGAUAAACUUAGCCAAACAAGUAAAUAGAUCCAUAGAAAAAUUCGGAAUGGCAACAGUGGAUCGGAAGAAGUGUUAGCAGGAGUUAAUGAAAAAAUUGCUAUAAGCAUAUCCAAAAAUGGACUUAAGGAUGAAAAAAUUAAAACAAUAUUAAAAGCAAAAGAAAUCGCAACUUUAGCGGAAGCAAUCGCUAUUAUGUUUGGAUGAAGUUGAUUAAUUUUUGACAGAAGAUUAACUGUGUCGGAGUUACCUAGGAUAAAGACGAGAUAAUCGUCCACAUAUCGGUACCAGUGUAGAAUUUCAGUGUUUUUGAUGAUAUAAGAAUGUUUUUCAUGAAAAACACUGAAAUUCUACACUGGUACCGAUAUGUGGACGAUUGUCUCGUCUUUAUCCUAGGUAACUCCCACACAGCUAAUCUUCUGUCAAAAAUUAAUCAACUUCAUCCAAACAUCAAAUUCACUAUGGAACUAGAGUCUUCUAAUGCCUUCAAUUUUUUAGAUUUGUCCAUUAUCAGACUUAAUAGUCAAUUCAACUUUGGUAUUUAUCGCAAGCGUACACAAACAGAUCAUGUCAUUCACGCAUCCUCCAAUCACCCCCUCUCCUAUAAAUAUUCAGCUUUUAAAGUUUUAUACAUAGACUAUACACUAUUCCUUUAUCAACUCAUGAAUUCAACAAAGAACUCAAUAUAAUUAAACAAAUAGCUAUAAACAAUGACUAUAGUCCUGACAUCAUUGAUAAACUUAUCCGUAGGAGAGAGUCCGAUCUCCUCCGGCAAUCGGCUUACAAUUCUAACCCAACCAUCCCUCCUUUAUACAGAUCAUUACCAUUCCAUAACUCAUCAAUCUCUGAAAAGAUUAAACAUGUAAAAAUAAAACUUUGUUUAUUUUCAAUAAAACCACAUUUAGUUAUUUUAAGUUAUUUAUAAUUUUAGUUGGCAUGACUGUGUAACUUUAGUUUGAAUGACAUUUGUAAAUAAUUAUUUGAUAGUUGUCAAAAACUCAGAGUAAAGGUGGAUUUUCACAGAUCCGACGGUACGAUGAUACGAUAGAAAUUUCAGAGAAUUUCAUUGGCUGAAAAGUGACAGUUGGGUUUUCGUACGAAAUUAAAAAGUCAUCGGAAGAAGUUAAAAUUAUUUUAACUUUUGCACGAAAAUCGGAUGAAUUUUGACAUGACAUUCUAUCUUGAACGUCUUGAUAACCUUACUUUUGUGAAGUGUUUAUGUUUUUGAUAUAUUGAAAUGGAACAACAAAAUCGUAAUUAUAAAUGGAUGUUGUUCUGAAACUAUUUUCUUGUGGCAUUUUUGUAAUUAACAAUUCUUAAUGAGAAAUAAGCCACAAUUUUAAUAAAAAAAAUGAUUUUAUUUUUUAGUAAAAUUGUAUUUCCCAUUAAAAACAGUUAAUUAUAAAUGGAUGUGAUGGUACUUCUAACAAUAACUCACAUUUUUAUCCUCUUCAAACAGAUAAUUUGACGAAUCCAUGAUGAUCCAAACAAUAAUAAGAAUAAAAUCGAAAUAAAACUAUCUAUAUAUGUUCCUGUUCAAUAUCCAACAGCAAACAUUUGUAUCAAAUAUCAAUCCAUGGAAUAAUCUGACAUAUUACACAAAUGUCAAAAAAUUUCGGAUACGACAAUCAAAUAUAAUCGUACGAAAAAAUUUCGUAUUUCGUGUCUUCGGAUAUCGGAUCUGUGAAAAUUAGCCUUAAGAAAUAGCAUGUUCUUGAUUCUCUUUUUAGGUUUGUAUUUUUAAGUUAUUUUAGUAUUGUUGUAUUAAUGUUUAUAAUCUUUAUUGUACAUAUUGUAAAUAAACUCUUUUUAGAUGAA